UGGGCGGGGCGCGCUCGGGCCUCAGCCUCUCACUCGCCGCCCUCGCAGCCCCAGAUCCCGCGCCGCCGGGAGCGCGGGCUGAAGUGCAGCUUCUGAGCUGAGGCCGCCUCCGGAGGAGGAGCCGCGAGCACUGAGAAGAGAAGGUGAAAUCCCACUGAGGGAAGUGACUUGACCAACUUACUAAGCUGGUCAGUGCAGAAGCAGAAGCUGAAUGAGGAGCUCCUGACUGCCCACCUGGUGCUUUUCCCCUCAGCCACAUUUCUUCCUGCUUCACCACUUCAGUAAAAAUAAAAGUUUCUCUGUCAUUCACAGAAAAAAAUGGAUCAUUUAAACAUUUGGAAGACUCAGUUAUCACAAUACUUCUAUACUACCAACUAAGACUUAGGACAGUAAAUUUAUGACAAUUUCUGCAUCAUAGAACUGCUGAAGAACUAAAAGAAUAUUCUUUUAUCAAAAUAAUCCUAUACUAUCAUGAUAUUACUAAAUAAAACUAAAAGCACAAUUAUUAAAUUAUAAGACUUGCUAACACAAGCAAACAUGUGCAAUAGCUACUGUAUCUUGACAGUUACCAAACCUCAAAUUUAGAUGGUUUCCCUUUGUGGGGAAGGUCAUUAUAUUUGCAAGAAACCACUGAACAUUGUCAUCAAAUGAGUAUCAUUUAGGAGAAUUUACUUGAAACUAGUUCUAGAAAAUCUAAGCCCCACCACUGAGUGGAUUUGAUAUUAUGGCAGCAACUUACAGACUAGUGGUUAGUACUGUGAACCACUACAGCAGUGUGGUGAUAGACCGGCGUUUUGAACAAGCUAUACAUUAUUGCACUGGAACCUGUCACACCUUCACACAUGGAGUUGACUGCAUUGUGGUACAUCAUAGUGUUUGUGCAGACCUCUUGCACAUUCCUGUGUCUCAGUUCAAAGGUGUGGAUCUGGACUCUAUGUUUCUGUCCCAUGAAAAUGCAUUUUCCUCAGCUGAAGGUGACUAUCCCCAGCAAGCCCUCACAGGCAUUCCCAGGGUCAAGAAAGGAUCUACAUUUCAGAACAUGUGUAACUUAAAGGACAUUGCAGGAGAAGCAAUCAGUUUUGCCAGUGGGAAAAUAAAAGAAUUUUCCCUUGAAAAACUCAAAAAUUCUAACCAUGCAGCUUACAAAAAGGGAAGGAAAGUUAAGUCUGACUCAUUUAACAGGAGGUCCGUUGACUUUGACUUGCUCUGUGGCCAUUAUAAUGAUGGGAACUCCCCAUCCUUUGGUUUACUCCGGAGUUCCUCGGUUGAGGAAAAAUCUUUGUCCCAUAGAAACUCACUUGACACAACCCUGACUUCAGUGCUUCUUCACAACUUCUCUGAAGAAGAUCUGGUUACUCAGAUUUUGGAAAAACAUAAAAUAGAUCAUUUUUCUUCAGGAACAGACAUAAAGAUGUGCUUGGACAUCUUGCUGAAAUGCUCUGAGGAUUUGAAAAAAUGCACAGAUAUCAUAAAACAGUGCAUAAAGAAAAAGUCAGGAAAUAGCCUCAAUGAAGGAAAUGGCAAUGAUGCAAUUUCUAACUCUGAAACUGUCUAUAUGAAUGUAAUGACAAGGUUAGCAUCCUAUCUGAAAAAGCUACCUUUUGAAUUCAUGCAGUCUGGGAAUAAUGAGGCUAUUGAUUUAACAGAACUGGUCAGCAGUAUGCCUAGUUUACAACUGACUCCCUUCUCCCCAAUAUUUGGCACUGAGCAGCCCCCUAAAUAUGAAGAUGUUGUCCAGCUCUCAGCCCCUGACUCUGGACAGUUUCAGACUGUGGAAUUGCAAGAUGACAAGCAUGGUUCUAUGAAAACAGACACUGUAAAAUCCAUUCCAAACAACUUUACAAAUUCCUUAUAUAACUUAGAGAUAAACGAUCCCAGAACUCCAAAAGAUGUCCAGGUUCAAUCACAGUCAUUAAUCAUGAACCCUUUAGAAAAUGUUUCUUCUGGGGACCUAAUGGAAGCGCUUUAUAUUGAAGAAGAGUCAGAUGGAAAGAAAGCAUUAGAUAAAGGACAAAGGAUAGAGAAUGGACCCAGUCCAGAGUUGCUAAAGACAAAUGAAGGUAGAGCAGACUUUUCAGAUAAUGGUAUUCAUCUUAAAAAAUGUCCUGCCUCAAUGCAAAAUGAAACUGGCAAGAUAUUUGAGAAGACAGUUGUUAACCUACCUGAGGAAGAUUUUAAAUCAAAACUUCCUAAAGUUGAAGACGGAAACCACAGAAAUGUUAUGAGUCCUAACAAUCAGGAAGAGAUUGAUAAAUUGUUAAUGGAUUUGGAAUCUUUCUCACAGAAAAUGGAGACCUCUCUAAGAGAGCCACUUGCCAAAGGUAAAAGCUGUAACUCUCUAAAUAGUAGUCAGUUGACUAGUGAGCUCCCUGUGGCUCUUGAGCCAAAAUCUAAAGUCUCUUCCCCUACAGAAAAAGUCUCACCUUCCAGUCUAACAAGGAUUAUUGAAACCAAUGGACACAAAAUAGAGGAAGAGGAUCGAGCGCUCUUACUGCGAAUUCUAGAAAGCAUUGAAGACUUUGCACAAGAACUAGUUGAAUGCAAAUCAGGCAGAGGGAGCCUAUCACAAGAAAAGGAAAUGAUGCAAAUUCUACAGGAAACCUUGACAACUUCCUCCCAGGCCAAUGUAUCAGGCUGUAGAAGUCCUGUUGGUGAUAAAGGCAAAGAUACUACUUCAGCGGUUUUGAUUCAGCAGACCCCAGAGGUGAUCAAGAUUCAAAAUAAACCAGAAAAGAAACCUGGAACACCACUUCCAGCUCCAUCCACCUGUCCAAGUAGUCCCCGACCUCUCUCCCCUCUUCCUCAUGUGAAUAAUGUUGUGAAUGCACCGUUGUCUGUAAACAUUCCACGGUUCUACUUUCCUGAAGGACUCCCAGAUGCCUGUAGUAACCAUGAACAAACUCUAAGCAGAAUUGAAACUGCAUUCAUGGGUAUCGAAGAUCAGAAAGCAGAUGUUUAUGAAAUGGGAAAAAUUGCAAAGGUCUGUGGCUGUCCUCUCUACUGGAAAGCCCCCAUGUUCAGGGCUGCAGGGGGAGAGAGGACAGGAUUUGUGUCAGCACAGUCAUUCAUUGCCAUGUGGAGAAAGUUGCUGAAUAACCAUCAUGAUGAUGCCUCAAAGUUUAUCUGUCUUCUAGCAAAGCCCAGCUGCAACUCUCUAGAACAAGAGGAUUUUAUCCCUUUACUUCAGGAUGUGGUGGAUACACACCCUGGCCUCACGUUCCUGAAAGAUGCUCCAGAAUUCCACUCCCGCUACAUCACUACGGUUAUUCAGAGAAUAUUCUACACAGUCAACAGAUCUUGGAAUGGAAAAAUUACUUCGACAGAGAUAAGAAAAAGCAACUUUUUGCAAACUCUAGCUCUUUUGGAAGAAGAGGAAGAUAUAAACCAAAUCACAGAUUACUUCUCCUAUGAACAUUUCUAUGUUAUUUAUUGUAAAUUCUGGGAACUAGAUAGUGAUCAUGACCUCUACAUCAGCCAGGCCGAUCUAUCUCGAUACAAUGACCAGGCUUCAUCAAACAGAAUUAUUGAAAGGAUAUUCUCUGGGGCAGUAACAAGGGGAAAAACUGUACAAAAAGAAGGAAGAAUGAGCUAUGCAGAUUUUGUUUGGUUUUUGAUCUCAGAGGAAGACAAAAGGAACCCCACCAGCACUGAGUACUGGUUCCGCUGCAUGGAUGUGGAUGGAGACGGUGUACUCUCCAUGUACGAGCUAGAGUACUUCUACGAGGAGCAGUGUGAUAGGAUGGAAGCCAUGGGCAUUGAGCCCUUGCCAUUCCAUGAUUUGCUGUGUCAGAUGCUUGACCUGGUGAAGCCAGCCAACGAUGGCAAAAUAACUCUACGAGAUCUGAAGAGAUGCAGAAUGGCUCACAUCUUUUAUGACACUUUCUUUAAUCUGGAAAAAUACUUAGACCAUGAACAGAGAGAUCCCUUUGCAGUCCAGAAGGAUGUUGAGAACGAUGGGCCCGAGCCCUCUGACUGGGACAGGUUUGCUGCUGAGGAGUAUGAGACUCUCGUUGCAGAGGAGUCUGCCCAAGCGCAGUUCCAGGAAGGCUCCUUUGAAGAUUAUGACACAGAGGAGCCUGCCUCUCCCUCUGAGACUGGAAACAAAAGCAAUAAAAUAACCUCAAGCCUUUCAGAGAAAUGUGGAAUGCUUCAAUCAGUGGAUGAGUAGUUGCCAACAUCUACAUGAGACAUGUAUUUGAAAUGUUUUUUCUUGUGAAGAGACGCUCUAGUAUGCAUACUGCUUUUUUAGUCUUUGAUUUCUGCAAGGGUGUAUCUGCACUAGAAACUUCAAAACGUUUUUAAGCAACGGGUCUGGAUACACAUACUCAAUUUGGAAGACUCCACCAGUUUGCCGCAAACCUCUUAAGAGAGCUUUUCCUUGGACCCAAGUUUACUAUAUUCGCACCCUUCCAAAGUCUGUCAGUAAGCACUCUUCACCCUGAAUGUACCAAGGAUCUCUUGGGGACAGUGCCAAACACAGCUCUCUGCACAAAAGCAGGAGCUGCCUCUCUUGUCCAGCAUCCCUCAAGCCCCUCAGGGCUCCUAUGGAGCCCAGAAGAAAUCUUCACUUGCAGAAAAUGAGUCAAAAAAUUCUGGAACUUCAAAAAGCAGUAAGGCCCUCCAGAACUGACUGGCCCCUGGUAAUAAAAGCACUGCCGAAACAUCUCAGAGACAUCUUUUAAUUAUAUGUGUAAUGGAGAGUUCAAGAUCUUGAACUUACCUGGUUUAAUAUAAUAUCACAAUGACCUGCCAAACUGCUAGUCACUUUACAUCCUCAGGUAUUAUAACCACUGGGCCUUCCAACCUUGCUGGCAAGUUCUGAAUAAUCCCCUCCCUAUCCUGAGCUUUUAUAAAAUCUGAAGAAUUACAGAAGACAAGUACAGAAUUUGACUCUACUUGAAAACAGUUUCCUUUAACUCAUCCCGCAUUUGUAGAGAAUUACUGAUUUAUUAAUCUCUAAAUUAGUUGAUUCUCCAUUAUAUAUAUACUUCCUACCAAAAGCCUACUUGAAGACAAAUGAUAUAUGAAAAUUCCUACUAGACAUACUUCUUUCAUCAUGUAACAUUAGACUAGGCCUUAUUAGUAAAGGCCUCAAUAUAAACAUUAUUCCUUUAUGUUGAAAGAAACUGCUAUUCAAAUAUCCUACCCACCUCAGUAUUUAUCACAAAAAUGGAACAGUGAUGAUACCAAUAAAUCUAUUUCAUGUAGUGGUAGAUGUGUUCCCUAUAGAAUCAUAUUUUUCAGCAAGCCACAAUGCAGCCAAGUCCUUAAUAUCCUUGAAGAUAAAAUCUGAAAAUGAACUAUUCAAAGGAAGGAAAUUUUUGAUGGUUUAAGAAACCCCAAAGAAACUUUCUAACAUCCAUCUCUGUCAAAUUCAACUUUUCCCCUGAAUUUUUUAACUGAGUCCUGGAUGUCGGAAGGGCUUCCCUUCCCACCCCAUCUUGGUUCCCCCUUGCCGGUGUAAAGGCCAAAAAUGCAAUAAUCAAUUUUUGGGCUAUUGUAGGCAAAAAGUGGAGAAUAGCUGGUACACAAGAGUUAGCAAUCCUUCCUCUCAUUAUCCUCCCAGUUUCCUGUUACUUCACCUUCAUAAUUGGAACUAAUCUUCACUUAACUGUUACAGAAAGUGAUAACCACUAAAACUGUAGUUCACAAAGAACUAAAAACUUAGAAAAAUUUUUAGGAAACACUACACACAACAAGCUUAAUAUGCUGGUAAAUUACUAGGGUUAAAAGAAUUUAUGUGGUAUGUAAAAUUUACCAUCUAUCACAUCCAAACUUUACCAGGAGAGAAAAACAAUUGCAUUUCGAUAAAAAUAACUUUUAUGCUAAUGAUUUAAGAAGCCAGAUAUGGUUUUAAAGGUGUUACUAUCCAUAAUGAUCUGAACUAUUUUUAAGACUCAGCAAAAAGUAAAAAUAAAACUCAGUUUUCCAAUAUAUAUAUAUGAUCUUUUUUUUCCUUUUUUACUAUUUGGCUUUAAUUUUUUACCUUAUUUCUCCUUACUAAAGUCUUCUUGCUUUUACUUUGGUCAAUAUUUGGUUUCAAAGUUUAAUUAUUAUAAAAGUAGAGUUACCAGUAUCAUUCCAUUUACGAUAAAGCUAUUUAAUUUAGGUUACCCAAAGUAUCACAUUUUUAGACACAGUGUGUUUCACUGUAUUCUUAAGAAUGGAAUCCAAGAAAUGUGAAUUCUGAGAAACCAGAAUGUAUUUGGCUUUCUGGUAAAGAUCAUGCUGACUAUAAUCAUUACUGCCAAACUGGAAAUUCCGAGUUUUUACAAUAUUAGGAUCCUUAAAUUGAGGAUUAUCAUGAUUUUAAAAAUGCUAUUCAAUGAGAAAUGAGUCUCACAGCAUACCAUUAAUUGCCAAGGUAAUCAAACUAAUAAAAUUCUGUGUAUUUUCCCUGCAUCUUAUCUAUGUCAUUGCAUACUAUUUAAAGUGUUUAUAAAGCUAUAAAUUGAUCAAAUGAGAAGUCAUUUGCUCAACUUUUGAAAAUGUUAAGCGUGUUUGGGUGAAGAAGCCUGCAUGAUUUAACUUUUGUUUUUCCCUUUUUGCAAAACUAAAUAAAAGACAAGUUGUCAAGUAUGAA